AUGCCUCGCGAUCCCCUCAUUGGGCUUGUGGGAAAGCCCUCUGCGGGCAAAAGCAGUACGCUGAAUAGCUUGACAGAUGCGACCUCCAAAGUCGGCAACUUUCCCUUCACAACCAUCGACCCCCAGCGAGCAAUCGGCUACCUACAAAUAGACUGCGCCUGCGCGCGCUUCAAGGUCUCGGACCGGUGCAAGCCCAACUACGGCGCGUGCGUCGCGGGUCGGCGCUCGGUGCCGAUUGAGCUGCUCGACGUGGCUGGGUUGGUGCCGGGCGCCCACCAGGGCCAGGGCCUCGGAAACAAGUUCCUCGACGACCUGCGGCACGCCGACGCGCUGAUCCACGUCGUCGACGCGUCGGGUACCGUCGACGCCGAGGGCAAGGAAACGCGCGGCUACGACCCCUCGGUCGACAUUGCCUGGCUGCGCAGCGAGGUGGUCGCCUGGAUCCUCGGCAACUUGCUGCAGAAAUGGGGCUCCCUCCGCCGGCGCCACGUCGCCGUCAAGGCCACGGCCGCCGAGACGCUGCAGCUCCAGUUCUCGGGCUACGGCUCCACGAUGGCCAUUGUCAACCGCACGCUCGACCGCGUCGCUCUCAAGGAGCCGCUCGAGGAGUGGUCCGACGCGACCAUUGAGCGCGUCGUCAACGCCUUCAUCGACGAGAAAUUCCCCACCGUCAUUGCGCUCAACAAGAUUGACCACCCGGACGCGGACAAGAACAUUGCCAAGAUUGCCAAGAUGCAGGACCCCGCCAGCAUCGUGCUGUGCUCGGCCGUGUCUGAAAUCUUUCUCCGCAAAAUGGCCAAGCAAAAGUACAUAAAGUACGUCGAGGGCAGCGAGUUUGUCGACACGCGCGAAGACCUCAUCGAGCAGGGCGACCCGGACGGUGGCGGCCUCCGGGAGCUCGACGACAAGAACCGCAACCGGAUAGAAAACCUCAAGGACAUGGUGCUGUACCGCUUCGGCUCCACCGGCGUUGUGCAGGUGCUCUCCAAGGCGGCGGAGUUGCUGGGCUUGGUGCCCGUGUUCCCCGUGCGUAACGUGUCGACGUUUACGACGGGCGCGAACGAUACGAAACACGUAUUCAAGGAUUGUGUGUUGGUCAGAAAGGGCUCGACAGUGGGAGACGUGGCGCGUAAAAUCAUGGGAGAUGCCCCAAUAGCGUAUGUGGAAGGCGUAGGCAAUAUGAGAGUGUCAGAAGACGACCUCGUGACUGUUGGCAAGCAUGAUGUACUGUCAUUCAAGGUCGGUAGGGCCUAA